UCCUAGAGGAUGGCCAUCUAACCCACUCAGGAUUCACCAGCCAUUUUGCAUGACCAUUGCAAAAGGAUUACUUUACAGAGACUGUUCCCUUUCCAAGAGCAUCGUUCGGACCCUGAUACCCUGAUUCAGAAAGCAAGACAUCCUUCAAUGGAGAAACGCCCACGCUGAGAGCCCCCGGGGACACACGCAGCUCCGGUCACGAGAUGGCCUCCUCCUGGAAACUGAUUCUCUUCCUGCCAGUCACCUGGUGUCUCUCAGAAUAUGCCAAAGCUCUUCCUGGCCCUCCUACACCUUAUGCUGCUUUAUUAAGAAUUAAGAAGAGUUCAUCCUCACCGCUCUUUGGUGCAAAGCCCAGACCACGAUCCAGCAGCCCUGCACUGGGAACACCUGGCUGGCCAGGGUCUCCCCAACCUCGAUACUCCCCCAUCAGUCUCUACCGCUCCUCAGAUGCCUUCAAACCAGACGCGCUCUUCACAGUCCCCAGCUGCAGGUGGCUCCGGAAUGGAACAGAGGUGGACUGGGAAGGUGACUUCCGCUAUCGGCUGCUGGACGGCACCCUGGUCAUAAGCAGCCCCAGCGAGGUGAAGGAUGCCGGCCACUACCAGUGUGUAGCCUCCAACACCUUUGGAAGUGUGCUCAGUAGAGAAGCGACGCUGCAGUUUGCCUAUCUGGGAAAUUUUAGUGGCCGGACGCGAAGCGCGGUCUCCGUGAGGGACGGCCAGGGGGUCGUGCUGCUCUGCUCUCCCCCCCCACACUCGCCAGAGAUCGUCUACAGCUGGGUGUUUAACGAGUUCCCUUCCUUCGUGGUGGAGGACAGCCGGCGCUUCGUGUCCCAGCAGACAGGCAACCUCUACAUUUCUAAAGUGCAGAGCUCAGACGUUGGCAGCUAUAUUUGCCUGGUGAAGAACACGGUGACCAACGCCCGGGUGCUCAGCCCUCCGACCCCGCUCACUCUGCGCAGUGAUGGUGUGAUGGGAGAGUACGAGCCGAAAAUUGAGGUCCAUUUUCCCCCGGUGGUAGCAGCUGCGAAGGGGACGACGGUGAAGAUGGAGUGCUUUGCACUGGGCAACCCUGUCCCCACGAUCACGUGGACGAAGGUGAGCGCGGCCAUCCCUGGGAAGGCGCGUCUGCGCAAGUCGCAGGCGGUGCUGGAGAUCCCCAACCUGCAGCUGGAGGACGCGGGCCUCUACGAGUGCCGGGCCGAGAACUCGCGGGGCAGAAACGCAUUCCGGGGCCAGCUGCAGAUCUACACCUAUCCGCACUGGGUGGCGAAGCUGAACGACACGGAGCUGGACAGCGGCAGCAGCCUGCGCUGGGAGUGCAGGGCCGCGGGGCAGCCACGGCCGGCCUACCGCUGGCUGAAGGACGGCGCCCCGCUCCCGCCCCAGAGCAGGGUUGACAUGGUCAAUGGAGUGCUGACAAUCCACGGAGUGAACCGAUCCGAUGCGGGGAUGUACCAGUGUCUGGCUGAGAAUGAAUACGGAGCCAUUCAUGCCAGUGCCCAGCUGAAGAUUCUAGCCUCCCCUCCCACCUUUGCGCCAAGUCAGCUGAAGAGGACUGUCGUAGUCACCAGAGACCAGGAGGUGGUCCUGGAGUGCCGGCCCCAGGGCUCUCCGAAGCCGACCAUCUCAUGGCGGAAGGGAGACAGAGCGCUCAGAGAGAACAAAAGAAUAGCUAUUCUUCCAGAGGGAAGCCUGCGGAUCCUGAGUGCGUCCAGAGCGGACGAGGGCGCCUACGCGUGCCGCGCGGAGAACAGCUUCGGCACGGCCGAGAUCCUCGCCUCCCUGUCGGUCAAAGAGCCCACAAGGAUCGAACUCACUCCCAAAAGGACGGAGUUAACCGUGGGAGAGAGCGUCGUUCUGAACUGCAAAGCGAUCCACGACGCCAGCCUGGAGGUGACCUUCCACUGGACACUCCGAGGGCAGCCCAUUGACUUCGAGAAGGACGGCGGGCAUUUUGAAAGCAUCAGGGCUCAAGCAUCCUCUGCAGAUUUAAUGAUCAGAAACAUCCUGCUGGUGCAUGCUGGGAGAUAUGGCUGCAGAGUGCAGACCACAGCAGACAGUGUGUCAGAUGAGGCAGAGCUCCUUGUUAGGGGUCCCCCAGGCCCCCCCGGGGUGGUCAUCGUGGAAGAGAUCACGGAAAGCACAGCCACGCUGUCCUGGAGCCCGGCCACCGACAACCACAGCCCGGUGUCCUCCUACAACCUGCAGGCGCGCAGCCCCUUCUCCCUGGGCUGGCAAACCGUGAGCACAGUCCCGGAAGUCAUCACGGGAGACAUGGAGUCGGCCAUGGCGGUGGACCUCAGCCCCUGGGUGGAGUACGAAUUCCGUGUGGUAGCCACGAACGGCAUUGGCACCGGAGACCCCAGCGCCCCAUCCCGCGCCAUCCGCACCCGCGAGGCAGGGCCACGAGAGCGUUCUCUGUGGGGGCCCAAUGGCCGGACGGCCAGUCCCGGCCUGGGGGAGAGCAGCAGGCCCCGCUGCCCGCCAGCUUUCGUGCACACGCGCUUUCCUGAGAAAGCAGGAAGUUUGGAAGUUUUGGGUGACAUGAAUCAUGUGCUAGCAUUGUUAAAUCGCCUCCGCUCAGCACAGGCCGGCGCGGAGCGGGGCGCUGAGGAGCGGGGCGCUGCGGAGCGGGGCGCUGCGGAGCGGGUCCGCGGUGGCUCCCGCUGCGGUCUGAGGAGGCCUGAAGCUCCUCCGUCUGCUCUCACGCCAAGCCGCCCUUUCAACAGCGGCCAUGGCAAGACCAACCUGUUCUUUGACACCAUCACGACCUCUGAUGAGCUCACCAGCUCCUGCUGCUCCUGGCGGUGUGGACCCUCCCCCUCCCCCUCCCCUGCUGGGGCUGCGGUGCAGCCCGGAUUAACACAUGGGCUACCUGCGUGCUGUUCUACCAACCCAGCCCACCAUGGGGCCGGGGAAGACACUAGCACCGCUGCUCUGCUUCUUCCCACGGCAGACAGCAGCCACCAACACUGCACCACCUCCAUCACCACCACUGUCACCACCACCGUCAGCAACACCAUCAGCAACACUGUUACCACCACUGUCACCACCACUGUCACCACCACCAUCAGCAACACUGUCACCACCACCGCCAGCAACACUGUCACCACCACUGUCACCAACACCGUCAGCAACACCAUCAGCAACACUGUCACCACCACCACCGUCACCACCACUGUCACCACCACCGUCAGCAACACCAUCAGCAACACUGUCACCACCACCGUCACCACCACUGUCACCAACACCGUCAGCAACACUGUCACUAACACCAUCACCACCACCGUCACCAACACCAUCACCAACACUGUCACCAACACUGCACCACCACCAUCACCACCACUGUCACCAACACCCAACACUGUCACUAACACCAUCACCACCACCGUCACCAACACCGUCACCAACACUGUCACCAACACUGUCACCACCACUGUCACCACCACCGUCACCACCACCAUCACCAAAACUGUCACCACCACUGCACCACCACCAUCAGCAACACUGCACCACCACUGUACCACCACCAUCACAACCAACACUGUCACCAACACUGUCACCAACACCGCACUACCAUUGUACUACCACUGUACCAACACCAUCAUCACCACUGCACCACCACUGUCACCAACACCAUCACCAUUACCGUCACCACCACUGUACCACCACUGCACCACCACCAUCAGCAACACUGUCACCACCACCGUCACCACCACUGCACCAACACCAUCACCAUUACCGUCACCACCACCGUCACCACCACUGCACCAUCACCAUCAGCAACACUGUUUAGAGGCGGCGAAGAAGUCCUUGAGCCUGGCCACACUGUCCAUUCUCUUGCUCCUACGUGACACCAUCCAAGUCAGAUUGUGUCGCCGCUCCGUAAGUGUCCCAGAGCCCAGCGCUGCCCCCACAGACGUGCAAGCCACCAGUGUGUCGGUGUCAGAGAUCCUGGUGGCCUGGAGACACCUUGCGGAGAGCCUGGGGCGCCCACAGGGAUUCGAGGUUGGCUACUGGAAAGACGCGGAGGAGGAAGGCACAGCAGAGACCGUCAAGACCCGGGGGAACGAGACCUUCGCGGUCCUGACCGGGCUGGAAGGGAACACGCUGUACCACAUCACCGUGAGGGCCUACAACGGAGCGGGCUACGGGCCCGCCAGCGGCGAAGUGCGCGUGGUCACCAAGAAGUCCCCGCCCAGCCAAGCUCCGAGCGGCCUCCGGUGGGAGCAGCAAGGCGCUCAGGUCUCCCUGGGCUGGGAGCCGGUCAGGCCGCUGGCCAACGAGUCCGAAGUCACAGGCUACAAGGUGAUCUACAGGCAGGAGGGCCACAGCCACAGCGAAGUCAUCGUCACCCAGAAGCCGCAGGCAGUGGUGCCCCUGCCGGAGGCGGGCGUCUACAUCAUUGAAGUUCGGGCGUCCAGCGAAGGAGGGGACGGAACGGCCAGUUCCCAAAUCAGAGUGCCUUCAUAUUCAGGGGGGAAAAUCACCAGUGCACAGUCGACGCUGCACACGGGGUCCGUGUCAUCCUGGGCGGUGCUGGCCUCAGCCCUGCUGCUCCCGCCCGCCGCCUGGUGAGGCCGCAGCCCCUGGCCGGCUCCUCCACACACCUGCCACCAGGAGCCCAGGUGGAGACCCGUCCGAAGAGGAGCUUCGAACCGCAGAACCGCGGGUACACUCACACGGGGCCGCGGAACGCUGCCUCCUCACCAGGCUUUGCUUUGAG